UAAGAAGUGAAUCAAAUAGAACCAACCAACAACAGCCACCCUUCAAUUUUAUAAAACCCUCAAUUUCGUUUUGUCUGCUUGUUGUCUUCUUCCUCUUAAGAGGUGGAUGCUACUCCGAUGCAUUUGCCGAACAUAAAGUCUGAAACUUUCCCCUCUGCCAUAGUAGCCAGUGACUUAGUACCCCCAGAUCUCCCUCUUAUCACUGGAAUCAUUCACCAAAGUUUGGAUUAAGCACUCGUAGCGAGAAGAUGGAUCGUAUCAGCAAUCUACCAGACGAGAUUCGUUGUCAUAUCUUGUCCUUCCUUCCGACCAAGCAGGCUGCUUUGACUUCGGCUCUCUCAAAGAGCUGGCGCAAUCUUUGGAAACUUGUCCCUAAUCUUGACAUUGAUGACUCUGAGUUUCUCCAUCCGGAAGAGGGUAAAGGUGGAAGGGAUGACAUUCGACAGAGCUUCGUUGAUUUCGUGGACAGUGUACUGGCUUUGCAGGGUGACUCUCCCAUUGAUAAGUUCUCCCUCAAGUGUAUAACUGGUGUUCAUCCUGAUUCUGUGAACCGUUGGAUUUGUAAUGUGCUGCAGCGUGGUGUUUCCGAUCUUAAUCUUUUCAUUGAUUUUUCCUUCGAGGAUACCGAAGAGGAUAAAUAUUUGCUACCUGAAGAGAUGUUCGUCAGUAAGACAUUGGUUAAGCUGAAAUUGAGAAGUGAACACUGUGUUAAUUGGUGGUUUGGGGAGAUGGGUGCUUCCUUGCCAAUGCUGAAAAGUCUUUAUAUUGACUCAGACUUGAUCUUUUGUGGUGAGAUGGGGAGGUUCCUUUCUUCUUUCCCUGUGCUUGAGGAAAUACACAUGGCUAAUAUGGAGUGGCCGAAAUCAGAUGAAACCAUGUCAAGUGCUAGCCUCAGGAAUCUAAGUAUCCACGGCACCGGUUGUGAAGAGUUUGAAAAUCCAAAGACCAUUUCUUUUGAUACUCCGAAUCUGCUUUCCUUGAACUACUCUGAUUUGGUUGCCGAGGACUAUCCAGUAGUUAAUAUGAAAAAGUUAUCCGAGGCUCGGAUCAAUCUUAUUACAAAAGAUGAAGAUCAGAUCAAGCGGAUUAGAGAGCCAAACAAUGAUUUGUUAGAGGAUGAUGAAGGUGAUGUUGUUCUCCAAUUUGUCAAUGUGGUGAAGCUCAUGAGCGGCAUAAAAAAUAUUCAGAAACUUUCCCUAACUGCUGAUACUCUCGAGGUACUUACUCUUUGUUGUAAAUCGAUGCUGGUGUUCAACAACCUCAAGAUCUUAGGUCUUAAGAGUGAGGAGGGUCGCGGUUGGCAAGCAGUGCCAGCUCUCUUGAGAAACUGUCCACAUCUAGAAUUUCUAGUCAUUGAGGGUCUCUUUCACUAUGUGACAGAUAAAUGCGGGGAUGCUUGUGACUGCAUUCCUCGGGAAGACAAAGGUCGUUCGCUCAUAUCUUCUCCAGUGAAGAAGUUAGAGAUUCGAGGGUUCAGAGGAACGAUGAGAGAGAUAAAUAUGAUUGGGCACUUCUUGAGGUCUUUCAAGUGUUUAGAGGAGAUGGGGAUAUUUGCUGAAGAGAAUGGUCCUACAAACUUUGAAAACCCUGGAGCGUUUGAAUAUGUUGACAAGAUAUUGAAGCUCUACAAUGAGUUAUCGAGUUGUGAUGUUUACUUCCUGGUGUGGGGUUACAUGCGCAAGAAAUGGACUGCAAAGAGUAUGCAAAUGUGUUGAUGGUUUUGCUAAAGCCAUGUUCCCGAAUCCUUUUGAUUUAUUUCUUGGACUGCAAAGUAUUCAAAUUCAUGUUUCGAUAGCUGACCCAAAACAGAGUUUUUUUUUUUUUUUUUUGAUGAAUUGUUGAAAAACCUUCUUAUUUCGCCGUUUCAGGGUUACCAUCAACAGAUUAUGCAAUACACUAA